AUGGCAGGCUUCGAACAGGCAUGUACAGAUCUUGUCAAGAUACUAAACCUCCAAAGCAACCGGGAAGAUGAUGCUAGAGAGCUUAUUCAGCAGCAUCUAAGCUCAGGAGCAGUCGGCCGAUGGCUUCUCAUUCUUGACAAUGCCGACAGUGAAGAUGUCUUGCAAGGAUCUAAAGGUGUUCGAGGGAUAUACGCCUACUUGCCACGGAACCGGAACGGUCAAGUCUUAGUCACGACACGGUGGCGCAAAAUAGCCGUCGAUUUUGCAAAGCAAAAUGUGAUCUCAAUCGCAGAGAUGGAGCGUAAAGACGCUAAAUGUCUACUGCAGACUUCUCUAAUUUCCGAGCAUUUCAUUUGGGAAGACCAUAUUGUCAACGAGCUGCUACAUUUGUUGACUUACCUGCCGCUGGCUAUCGUACAGGCAGCGGCCUAUAUGAAUGUGUUUGAAGUACCUGUCGAAGAAUAUCUUAUGCUGUGUCGCCACUCUCAACAAGAUAUGAUGGAAUUAAUGCGCAACCGAUAUCAAGAUGAUGCACUUUACGACGAGAGCCAGGGCGCGGUAGCCACAACGUGGCUAAUUUCUUUCAACCAGCUCCAGAAGCACCACCCAGCGGCUACAAGGUUGCUCUUCUUCAUAAUGUGGAUAGAACCUCAGGCUAUUCCUCAGUCGAUGUUGCCUGAUGUAGGCUCAGAACAAGAGAAAGUCAAGGCAAUAGGGACGCUGAAGAGUUAUGGGUUCCUUCGCGGCAGAUCGGAACGAGGGAUAUUUGACAUGCAUAGCCUAGUGCAUAUGGUUAUGCAAUCUUGGGCCGAAGAUCAAGGCAUUAAGACGAAAACGAAGGCAGAUACGCUUCGUCAUCUUGCUGAAGUAUUUCAAUCUGACGCCUGGGAGAAUAGAGAUGUAUGGCGAUUACAUUUACCCCACGUACUUCAUGUAUUUGGGGCGUAUCAGGAGAUAGAUCCCAUUAUAGUAUCCGGCCUAGGCUAUUGGGCGGGAAGAUGUCUGUUUCAAGAUGGGAGAAUCAAGGAAGCAGUCACACUGCUAGAGCAGGUUGUUGAGAUUGAGGAGACAUCCCUUGCCCAAGACCAUCCCUCCCGACUAGCAUCACAACAUGCACUAGCUGGAGCAUACGAGGCCAACGGACAGAUCCAGAAGGCAGUCACACUGCUAGAGCAGGUUGUUAAGAUUCAAGAGACAACACUUGCCCAAGACCAUCCCGAUCGGCUAGCAUCACAACAUGAACUAGCUGGAGCAUACGAGGCCAAUGGACAGAUCCAGAAGGCAGUCACACUGCUAGAGCAGGUUGUUAAGAUUCGGGAGACAACACUUGCCCAAGACCAUCCCGAUCGGCUAGCAUCACAACAUGCACUAGCUGGAGCUUACAAGGCCAACGGACAGAUCCAGAAGGCAGUCACACUGCUAGAGCAGGUUGUCAAGAUUCAAGAGACAACACUUGCCCAAGACCAUCCCGAUCGGCUAGCAUCACAACAUGAACUAGCUAGAGCAUAUAGGGCCAACGGACAGAUCCAGAAGGCAGUCACACUGUUAGAGCAGGUUGUUGAGAUUGAGGAGACAUCCCUUGCCCAAGACCAUCCCUCCCGACUAGCAUCACAACAGGAACUAGCUAGAGCAUAUAGGGCCAACGGACAGAUCCAGAAGGCAGUCACACUGUUAGAGCAGGUUGUCAAGAUUCGGGAGACAACACUAGCCCAAGACCAUCCCGAUCGGCUAGCAUCACAACAUGCACUAGCUGGAGCUUACAAGGCCAACGGACAGAUCCAGAAGGCAGUCACACUGCUAGAGCAGGUUGUUAAGAUUCAAGAGACAACACUUACCCAAGACCAUCCCGAUCGGCUAGCAUCACAACAUGAACUAGCUGGAGCAUACGAGGCCAAUGGACAGAUCCAGAAGGCAGUCACAGUGCGUUGUAAACUUUGA